UGCUGUGAACCAUGGCCCAGUUGUACUACAAAAAGGUCAACUACUCACCGUACAGAGAUCGCAUCCCCCUGCAAAUUGUGAGGGCUGAGACAGAGCUCUCUGCAGAGGAGAAAGCCUUCCUCAAUGCCGUGGAGAAGGGGGACUACGCCACUGUGAAGCAGGCCCUACAAGAAGCUGAGAUCUACUACAAUGUCAACAUCAACUGCAUGGAUCCACUGGGCCGGAGUGCCCUGCUCAUUGCCAUCGAGAAUGAGAACUUGGAGAUCAUGGAACUACUGCUAAACCACAGUGUGUACGUAGGCGAUGCUUUGCUCUAUGCGAUCCGCAAGGAAGUAGUGGGUGCCGUGGAGCUUCUGCUCAGCUACAGGAGGCCCAGUGGAGAGAAGCAGGUCCCCACUCUGAUGAUGGACACUCAGUUUUCCGAGUUCACACCAGAUAUCACUCCCAUCAUGCUGGCUGCCCACACCAACAACUAUGAAAUCAUCAAAUUGCUUGUCCAAAAACGGGUCACUAUCCCACGGCCCCAUCAGAUCCGCUGCAACUGUGUGGAGUGUGUGUCCAGCUCAGAAGUGGACAGCCUGCGCCAUUCCCGCUCCCGGCUGAACAUCUAUAAAGCUCUAGCCAGCCCCUCACUCAUUGCCUUAUCAAGCGAGGACCCCAUCCUAACUGCCUUCCGCCUAGGCUGGGAACUCAAGGAGCUCAGCAAGGUGGAGAAUGAGUUCAAGGCUGAGUAUGAGGAGCUCUCCCAGCAGUGCAAGCUCUUUGCCAAAGACCUGCUGGACCAAGCUCGGAGCUCCCGGGAAUUGGAGAUCAUUCUCAACCAUCGAGAUGACCAUAGUGAAGAGCUUGACCCUCAGAAGUACCAUGACCUGGCUAAGCUGAAGGUGGCAAUCAAAUACCACCAGAAAGAGUUUGUUGCUCAGCCUAAUUGCCAACAGUUGCUUGCCACUCUGUGGUAUGAUGGCUUCCCUGGAUGGCGGCGGAAACACUGGGUAGUCAAGCUUCUUACCUGCAUGACCAUUGGGUUCCUGUUUCCCAUGCUGUCUAUAGCUUAUCUGAUAUCACCCAGGAGCAACCUUGGGCUGUUCAUCAAGAAACCCUUCAUCAAAUUUAUCUGCCACACGGCUUCAUAUCUGACCUUCCUCUUCAUGCUUCUCCUGGCUUCUCAGCACAUCGUCAGGACAGACCUCCAUGUACAGGGGCCUCCCCCAACUGUCGUGGAAUGGAUGAUAUUGCCUUGGGUUCUUGGUUUCAUCUGGGGGGAGAUUAAGGAAAUGUGGGAUGGCGGAUUUACUGAAUACAUCCAUGACUGGUGGAACCUGAUGGACUUUGCAAUGAACUCACUCUAUUUGGCAACUAUUUCCUUGAAGAUUGUGGCCUAUGUCAAGUAUAAUGGUUCUCGUCCAAGGGAAGAAUGGGAAAUGUGGCACCCAACGCUGAUUGCAGAAGCACUCUUUGCAAUAUCCAACAUUUUAAGUUCACUGCGUCUCAUAUCCCUGUUCACAGCCAACUCCCACUUAGGGCCCCUGCAGAUCUCUUUGGGGCGCAUGCUACUUGAUAUCCUCAAAUUCCUCUUUAUCUACUGCCUGGUCCUGCUGGCCUUUGCUAAUGGAUUGAACCAGCUUUACUUUUAUUAUGAAACUAGAGCAAUUGAUGAGCCGAACAACUGCAAGGGGAUCCGAUGUGAGAAACAGAACAAUGCAUUCUCCACGCUCUUUGAAACCCUUCAGUCACUCUUCUGGUCUGUUUUUGGUCUUUUAAAUCUCUACGUCACCAAUGUGAAAGCCAGACACGAGUUCACGGAGUUUGUGGGAGCUACCAUGUUUGGGACCUACAACGUCAUCUCACUGGUGGUGCUGCUGAACAUGCUGAUCGCCAUGAUGAACAACUCCUACCAACUGAUUGCGGAUCAUGCUGAUAUUGAGUGGAAGUUUGCAAGGACAAAACUCUGGAUGAGUUACUUUGAUGAAGGUGGCACCUUGCCACCCCCUUUCAACAUCAUCCCCAGUCCCAAGUCAUUUCUAUACCUGGGUAACUGGUUCAACAACACUUUCUGCCCCAAAAGAGACCCUGAUGGUAGACGAAGAAGACGCAACUUGAGAAGCUUCACUGAACGCCAUGCUGACAGCUUGAUACAGAAUCAGCAUUAUCAGGAAGUUAUCAGGAAUUUAGUCAAAAGAUAUGUGGCUGCUAUGAUAAGAAAUUCCAAAACAAAUGAGGGGCUAACAGAAGAAAAUUUUAAGGAAUUAAAACAGGACUUCCCCAGCUUUCGAUAUGAAGUGCUUGACCUCUUAGGAAAUAGGAAACACCCACGGGGCAACACUGAACUCUCUCAGAGGGAUGAUACCAAUGAUAGUGGUGGGGCGCGGGCCAAAUCCAAGAUGUCGUUCAACUUAAGCUGCAAGAAAACCUGCCACGGGCCACCUCUCAUCAGAACCAUGCCAAGAGUCAGUGGUACUCAAGGGAAGUCAAAAGCUGAGUCACUGAGCAAGCGCUCCUUCAUGGGUCCUCCUCUCAAGAAACUGGGUCUCCUGUUCUCCAUGUUUAAUGGUCAUAUGUCCGGACCCAGUUCAGAACCAAUGUACACAAUUUCUGAUGUUGUUCAGCGGCGCUGUAUGUGGCAGAACAUCAGAUAUUCUCAGAAGGAGAAAGGGAAAGCAGAGGCCUGUUCUCAGAGUGAAAUGAAUCUCAGUGAGGUAGAAUUAGGUGAGGCCCAGGGUGCUUCUCAGAGCAAUGAAUGCCCUCUAGCGUGUUCCAGCUCUCUGCACUGCAUAUCCAGCAUCUGCUCCCCGAACUCUAAACGUUUAGACUCUUCAGAGGAUGUACUUGAAACUUGGGGAGAGGCUUGUGACCUGCUCAUGAAUAAAUGGGGUUAUGUACAGGAAGAACAAGUUACAACUCCGCUCUAAGUCAAGCCCCUAUCAUCUGUUCUGGAACUCAGGAAGAAAUUUGUAAUUGCCUUGC